ACCAUGAUCGACCACCAGAAUGAUCUAGUGGAAGUCUGGCAAUCCAUUGUCGCCUAUCAUGACGUUGAAACUCAAUCCAAUCAAUGGUUUGACCCUGCUACUGUUGCUCUCCUUUUUGUACUAUUACUAUACUCAAGCUUGCUGGCGAGCGACCACCCAUCGUUGGCUAUAUUUGCCUGUGCAUUCUUUGCAGGUGCUCUCACUGCCUACAUGCCGCGGCAGCAGUCAAUUGAUACCAAUGUAUAUAUGGAUAUAAGGCCGAAACGAAAUAUAGAGAUUCAGCCAAGGAGCAAGAAGACUGAGAACGCAACCGAGCUGCACCUUUCAGACCCAACGCUAACCGAAAAAACCACACAACUUAUCAAUUAUACCCUACGCGAUUUUGUGUCUGUUUGGUGGGGGCCCAUGAACUUCUAUGGAAACAAGGAGUUUGAAGACGAAAUUCGGGUCACGAUCAAUGCAACAGUGGAAGCUUUAGAGAGAUCGAUACAAGCGCACGACUCCAACGAUUUGCUUCUAGCGAUGCUUUAUGGUGUUGCCAACAGUCUCAUUAUUCACAUGAGAGAGUACCGUGAAUUUGAAGAUUCACAGUUAGACUUGCAUGAAUUCACUCGAAGGAAUCCCAGCUCCCCAUUUUCACAGCUUUUGUCAAGAGAUGAGCAGCACCAGCAAUUACGAGAGCUAGGUUAUUCAUUUAUACAAAAAAUGGUACCAAAAGAAGAUUUGACGAGUCCGAUCGUGGCUGCCUUCUUCAAAGAAGUUUUCGCAUCAUAUGCUUUGGAGAGCGCAUUGAGUCUUCUAUGUGAUCCAGACUACCUCAACCUUUGCAUUGUUGACGUAUUGAAUGAUGCAACAGAAGGAAGCGAUGAAAGUAAUGGUGCUGAUGAUGACCUAUCUCAUCUGGAAGGCUUCCGAAGUGUGGUUGAAAAAGCAGCUGAAGAUGCUAUGGCCACCAAAAAUGAAAGUGUAGGAAGCAUAAAAGCAACCGAAGCUAAACCCAAACAUCGACCAGCAGUGGAAGAUGAAGGCAACCCAACAGAUGGUUUAUAUCCCCAAGAUAGCCCGAAGUCCGCCAAUAGUGAGCAAAAAUGGACCUCAAAUCGUAUCUCCAUUGAUAGCGCAAAGACAUCUCUAAGAUCAUCGACGACACUUCAACCUUCCAGCCCUGUAAUUAAAGAGCAACUACCAAUGCUAUUUGAGAAAGGGACAGCUAGCUUCAGCAUCAUGGACAUAUCACCGAAUGACGCAGGAGAGAAGAUUGAUAGCGCCUCAUUGCUUUAUUUUGUGCAAAUUGAAAGGUCGGCAAGCAGUGAAAAAAGGCAGUCCGAGGGCGGUGGCUACAUCCUUACCAGAACAUAUGAUAACUUUGUGACAUUGCACUCAGUUUUAUCGGCUAGACAUCCAAAAGUAGUAUCAAAACUCUCACUCAAACUUCCUUUGGAUCAAGGACGUAGCUGGCGUAGUUCUCGUGCACAGCAAAACAAUCGAGAUGCCAUUUGUCAAAGUUUGGAAAGAUAUUUACACACAGUUACAGAUAACGAAAUUCUUGGUCAUGAAAAGAGCGUACACGUUUUCUUCCGCAAGGAGCAAAGUACCAACGAAGACAUUGACACCUUGAGUAGCCAACCUGCACCAGAAGAAGAAUCUGUAGUCUCAAAGGCUCGCAAUUACUUUGGCGGAUCCUCUGCUUCUCUCCAUUCGGAAGAUGACAGAGAAGCAGUACCGUCACAGCAAAUGUCACCGCGGUCACAGUACUCUCGUUGGAUCACUAAAAAGGCACAGCGUCCAAGCUCUUUAAAAGACUUUGGGGAAAAUGAAGGGCCUCCGUCGAGACAGCAAGGCUCUGAUAAAUUGCCAGUAGCAAAAAUGACAGCAAUGGAAGCAACCUUAGUGACCAAAGAGGAUGAUCAGUCGACUGAUGUGAAGCAUUCAGAUGGGUCCAAUACCCCUCAAGACAAUCAAAAGGCGCAAAAUACACACAAAAAGCUCAAUUCAAUCGAAGUAGAAUUGCUCAUUGAAACAACAUUUGCUCUUAUCACCGAAAUCUUCCAGCUAACAGAAGCUAACCAGAACGCAUGGCUAAGGAGAACAGCACUUAACCUGCUUCGAGAGGUCAUACGGCGAUCAUACGCCGAAGUUAUCUCUCAACAAUUUGUAAAAUACAUGGAGGAAUACGCCCGUACAUCAUAUUUUACGACAUUGGUUGGUAGCAUCACUGAGAGUUUUUGGCCAAACGGUGAAUGGGCUACCUCUGUUGCCCUUAGAACGCCAGAAGAAAAGGCCGCAACAAAGUCUUUGGCGCGGGAGCUCUUAAAGACCAGAGGCGUUCCAAGUGGUGCAAGACAGCUCAUUGGGGAAGUCAAUUGUGUGGAUGCAAUGGAACGACUUUGGUCGCGAUGUCAAGACGUUGAUUUAAACAGAGUUCUUGGUGUACAAAUACUGGAAAGAACGCUUCGUCCGUUGGUCAAUUGAAAUAUAAAAAGAGGAAACUAUUAUUGUGAUGGUUUGAAAAAAUUAAAAGUACAAGAAAUGCAGCAGGAAAAUGCAAAUGCACAAGUAAUCAUCUAUCGUGUACUUGUGUUGAAU